AUGACACACAACAGCAAUAUUUCGUCUUCAGGAAAUACUCCGUCAUCCGUGUCAAAUGGAAGUUCUGACGAGCGCUUGGUUGUCGCAGUACGUGUUCGUCCCUUGUUUGACAUGAAUGAUAUCCCAUGUUUACAAGUAACCCCAAAUGCAGCAAUACUUUUUGACGAGGGCAGUGGAGGACGUAAUAAAUUUCGUCGUUAUGUGUUUGAUCAUGUGCUUGAUGAUGCCAAAAGUCAGGAGGUUGUUUAUCAAAAGACAACAGCUGCUUUGGUCAAAGAUGUUCUUAAUGGCACUAGUGCUGCUGUUUUUGCAUAUGGAGCGACUGGAUCGGGUAUAACACAUACAAUGUUGGGUCCAAAUCCCAAGAAAGCAGCCACACCCUCAACUGCAACAUCAUCAUCGUCAUCUUCUUCAACAAGUGGCAGUGAUGUUUCUCAUGGUGAUGGUUUGAUGGUGAAAGCAAUCGACGAUAUCUUCAAGUUUGUUGAGAAUUCAGAAAAUCCGCAGGAAUUUCGCGUGUCGAUAUCAUAUUUGGAGAUUUACAAUGAACUCAUUCGCGACCUCCUACAUCCGUCAGCCGGUCCUCUUGAGUUGCGAGAAGACAACAAAGGCAACCAAAUUGUGUCAGGAUUAUCUGAAAUUAAUGCAAUAAGCCGCUAUGAAGUCAUAUCAUUAUUGCUUAGGGGAAAUAAGGCGCGAACAGUUGAGCCGACUGCUGCUAAUCAGACAUCAUCACGAAGUCAUGCUUUAUUAAAUAUUACUGUGACCCAUUCUACGGCGCUGGGAACAAAGCAAGGUCGCCUUUACUUGACAGAUUUAGCUGGCUCGGAACGAGCAAAAAAGACAAAGAAUCGCGGUAAAAGAUUACAAGAAGGUGCCCACAUUAAUAAGAGUUUACUCGCCUUAGGGAAUUGUAUUAAUGCAUUAGCAGCAGGAGCUCGGUAUGUAAAUUACCGCGACUCAAAACUCACACGACUUUUGAAAGAAGCUCUUAGUGGUAAAUGCAAAACUGUUAUGAUUGCUCAUGUAUCGAAAGAGUCGAGGCACCGUGACGAGACUAAAAACACGCUGGUUUAUGCUGAACGUGCAAAUCACAUAACCACGCGACUACAAAAUCCUCAAUUGUUGGAAGAAAAUCGCGAAUUUCCAACUCAACAUUAUCAAAACUUGGUUUCAGAAUUGAGAGAAGAAGUUGGAAGAUUAAAGUCAAAAAUGUUGACUGAUCGACCCCGAAGUGCUGUCCAAAAAUUGAUUAAUGAAGAUCCGGACACACAAAAGCGAAAACAAGAACUCAAAUAUUUACGAGAGCAAAUUGUUUUGACAUUUAAGCAGCAAAUGAAACUUAGAAGACGUUUACUGGAGGCGGAAUCUCAUUUACUUGGCUUAGAACUUGAUGCUGAACGUCAGCACAUGGUCAUUAGUCAUUGGCAAGGAAGGAAAGGAAAGCUUUAUGAACGAGAUGCAAACAUGACACAUUCGAAGAAGCAAUAUAAUGAGAAUGAUGAUGGCAACGAAGAUGAAUCAUCUGAGGAUUCUGAAAGCGCUUCAGCACUGAGGAAUGCAUGGAAUGAGUUGGCAGCGAUUGAGAGGGAGACAAAAAGAUAUAGAGAUAUACGUAUCACUACUGAGAGGGAGCUUGAAGAUUGCAGGAAGCGAGGAGUUGCAUUGGAAGAUGAGCUGCCUGAUCGCAUUAGUAGUGACGAGGAAAGAGAACUACUAUCACUAUUGUGUAGAGUUCAUGAACUAGAAGCAGACAAAGUAUCACUUCAAGCAGAACGAAUGGCUCGUCAGGCGGAACUCCGUAGAAGGGAUUUACAAUUACUGCGGGCGGAAAGGCAGAGACGAUUGUGUGAGGACAUAAUAAGUACACAGCGUAGGCUGAUUGAAGACGGAAGAGUAGAAAUUUCAGAAGAGUUGAGAGAUCUAUACACAAUAUAUCAGCAAGAGAUUCACGCCAGUGUUUACACAUCUUUGCCGAGAACCCAAAGUCGCAUGGUUUACGAUACAAAACUUCCCCCGAUUUAUAACCGAACACUGACAUCCGCCGAUAGCUCAUCCAGUUCAGAUUGGUCUCCCACACCUAAUACACAAGACGUAGAAGGAAAUGUUCAGCAACCGCAACAUAACUCAUUUGACAUUCUUAUGGGACCCGAAGUGAAGUCUGUGCGAACACGCUUACCAUCAAUUCACAGCAAACGACACCUUUACCCCAGUGCAAGCACGUCGAGUGAAGACUAGUAUAGAAAUAGAAUUCACGAUGUUUUUCCACCUCCAAAAAACUUUUUAUUUUUUUCGACAAAAUUUUAAAAAAUAUUGGAACAAAGAAUUUGCAUGUUGAGACAACUUUCUUUGUAAGAAAUGAAAUGUAUCCUAUAAAUAAAAGCAACGACGAAUAGAAAACUUUUAUGGAAAUUAAAUUGUUUGCUGUUAUUGAACAGUUUCGUGCAAUUUUUUCAAUGACUUUCAGUGACGAACUUAUAUUCACUUAUACCCAG